CACCUUGCGGCGAUGGAAGAAGCGUGGCCGGCGCUGGGCCCGGCGGCGGGCGAAGCGGCCUUCGCGGCCGGCGCGGCGCCGGCGGGCGGAGGGGCACCGAUGGCGUGGGGAGCGGCGGCGACGGCGCGGCGGGAGACGGUGGCCAAGGAGUCGUCCGCGCAGGCGGUGAGCCGGAUCGUGUCCAGCUGCGCCAGCUCGAGCGGGCUGGCCGUGGCCGUGGUCGACGCCAACGCCGUCAUCUCGGGCGGCGCCGCGCUGGCCUCCACCGCCGGGCGGCUGGUGACUGUGCCCGAGGUGCUCGACGAGGUGCGCGACGCCGCCGCGCGCCGCCGGCUCGCGCUCCUCCCCGCCCCCGUCGAGACCGUCGAGCCCGCCCCCGAGUUCGUCAAGCGAGUUGUCAAGUUUGCCAGGGAAACAGGAGAUCUCCAGACACUUUCCGAUGUUGAUAUGAAGAUUAUCGCUCUAGCUUACAUGUUGGAGGCUGAGGUCCAUGGGACCAGCCAUUUGCGGGAGCACCCACCUCCACUCCAUGUGGUCAGCGUCCGGACCUUGCAAGAGGCUCCGCUGCCUGGCUGGGGCUCCAAUGUUACUAACCUAGCAGAGUGGGAAGCACUGGAUAAGAUGUCUGAAUCAGGAGGUGAUCUUAAUUCUCGGAUCCUCCCACUGAAGGAUCUUGAGAAUCAGGAGAUCCCUACAAGCGAGACCAACAGUAUUUCUGAGACACAAGGGGAUGCAGAGUUUCAGCCUUCAAAGAGAGAUGCAUGUAUUCCUUGGGAAGACGAUGAGAACAAUGAAGGCUGGUUGCCUGCUGUUGGCCGCACCACGCACAGAAAAUAUUUGCGAAGGAAAGCCAGGCGCGAUGCCCUCAAGGCAUCUGAACAAAGCUUUGAUACAAGUUCUGUUGCUCCAACAGUCGAUGAGGAUAAUGACUUGUCUGAAAAUGGUUUGGAUUCAGUGGAUGGCCCUUCUGUUGUUCCAGAGAAAACAAGGUCAAAUACUGACAACUUGGAAUCUCAGGAAGAGGAUGAACCAAAAAUUGCUGGAGAUCAACAAUCUAAUGGGGAGAAUGGGGUUGGCAAUGCUUAUACUAUUGAGGGUAGAGAUGUUACUGAUGCAUGCACUGAACAAUUGGAUAAUUUGGAUAUAAAAAGCGAGACCGAGGAAGGUGUCAGUGUCAGUGCAUCUUUUGUAGAUGAUGAGAGCAGUGAGCAAAGUUGGGCCCUGAGGUCCUUGUCCGAAUCAACUGUAGCAUGUGUUACUAGUGACUAUGCCAUGCAAAACGUUAUCCUCCAGAUUGGUCUCCGUCUCUUGGCACCAGGCGGUAUGCAAAUACGUCAGUUGCACAGGUGGGUUCUGAGGUGUCAUGCUUGCUACAAGGUGACCCAAGAGAUUGGAAAAAUAUUCUGUCCAAAAUGUGGCAAUGGCGGCACCUUGCGUAAGGUUUCAGUAACAGUUGGUGAAAAUGGGAUUACUAUGGCUUCACGACGCCCGCGUGUUACACUCCGAGGCACAAAAUUUUCACUUCCGAUGCCUCAAGGUGGAAGAGAUGCCGUCAUUAAGAACCCCAUUUUACGUGAAGACCAGCUUCCACAGAAGGUUCUGCAUCCUAAAUCGAAGAAGUCAAGCAAGCUGGGGGAUGAUUUCUUGGGCGCCGAGGACAUAUUCACGCACAGUGGCGAGAAGAAGGUGGAGCUGAAACCUCCGGUAAGGAAGGCGCUGGCAAUGUUCAGCGGGAAGCGGAAUCCGAAUGACAACCACUUUUCUCGCAAGAAGAACUAAGUUCCCGUUUGCCCUUUUGUUCCUUUGUCAUCCAUGGCAUUGUAGUCUCACAUUAUAUGUAACGAGAAAACCAGAGUGUUAUCUAUACCACUGCUAUCUAUACAGUUUUGCAACAUCUAUGUAAGGUUUACCUUAGAAUGGACAUCUAUGUAAUGUUGGUGUUUUAUUACUGCCUUUUCUCCAUCAA